CCUCUACGUACCGCUUCUGCCUUGUCUAUCAAGUGAAAUUAAAACCCUAUCACUGCAAAGUGCAACGCCCCCCUCUCUCUAUUUCUCUGAUCUCCUUUACUCCGGAGCCCCAUCAAAAUCUACACUCUCAUCCUAAACUAUAAGCAAAGAUGAAAAUAAAGAAAGGUAAAGUAUACCCGUCUCCUUCUUCUUCUUCUUCGACGUCGACUGCGAUUAGCUGCCCUUUUGAUGGAGAUUUUCCCGCCGUGUUGAAGCUCCUCCCGGCGGCCAUUCUUGCUCUAGCCUCUGUGCUCUCCCUGGAGGACCGUGAAGUCCUGGCCUAUAUGAUUACCCCCUCCUUGAAACCCACUACUUUGUCUCCAAUCGUCCAAGAUUCCAAGAAAAAAACCCCCAAGAAAUCCCCAAGCAGAAGCUACAACACCAAGAACAGUAACAGCUCCCACAGACCGCCGAUGUUCGACUGCGAGUGCUUCGACUGCUACACUAGCUACUGGUUCAGGUGGGACUCCUCUCCCAACCGCGAGCUCAUCCACCAGGCCAUCGAGGCUUUCGAGGACCACUUGGCCCAAGGCGAGCAGUCAAAGAAGGUCAACAGCAGAGGUAAACGCAGAGAGAAACCUUCAAGCCACCGCUCACCAGAAAAGUCGGCCGAUGUUUCGGAGACUCCGACGCCACAGGAGAUUGAGGAAAGCUGUGGUUUUUAUGUGACUUCUCCGGAGAAGGAAGUGGAUUUGGUGAGCUGGACCGACAAGGUCGACGGGGUUGUCGAAGGGAAUGGUAAGGACAAGAAUAUAGAGUACGAGGUAGCUGUUGAAGAGGUUAUGGAAGAGAAGUACGAGGACGAGGAGGCUUCGGUGGCUGAACCGGCAUUGAGGGCUGCGGGCAACAGCAACAACCACAAGGGUUUGGCCAGAAAGGUGCUGCCGGACGUGCUGUGUAUAUUCAAUUCUCGUUUGUGGAGCCUUUGGAGUCCGAAUGCGUAGGUCAAAAUUUUCAAUUCCUCGUAUUAAUUUUUGGUUAAUUUCUAUUGUGGUUCAAGUUUUCGAGCCCCCCAAAAGGCAAAGAUUUUAGAAGGAAAUGGAAAUAUAUAUUUUGGUGGUGGGUUUUGUUUCGUACUCGAAAUCCCAAUGUGGAUAUGGUGAAGUCUGAAUGAA